AUGACGGACAUUUUAAACAUCAAAGACGAGCCGAUCUUUGACAAUCGCAUUGUCAAGAUCGAGACUCACAUGUACAAUCCGUUCGCCAAUACAACGUUCGAACACAGCAACGAGAUAAGAAUACCUAUACAACAGCAAGGUUUAUACACGUUACAAUCUCAAAGUUUUCUAUACGUUGAGGGAAAACUUACGAUAAAAAAACCAGUUGCGGGGUCUGAUGUGAUAUUGGGAAAUAAUUGCAUCGCGUUCAUGUUCGAUGAGAUUCGAUACGAGCUUGACGGUGUAGAGAUUGAUCGCAACAGGAACGUCGGAAUAACCAGCGCGCUCAAGAACUAUGUAACUGUGUCAGCGGAUAAAAUUAUGAUUGCGAGUAACGCUGGCUGGGAUCCGUGGAAUUCUAUGAACGGAUACUUCAAUUUUUGCGUACCGCUCAACAUGCUACUGGGAUUUUGUGAAGAUUACAGACGCGUGGUAAUUAACGCUCGUCACGAAUUGAUUUUGAUACGCGCGCGCAACGAUAACAAUUGUCUAGUUGGCGAUCCGGCGCGGGAGACGAAAAUUGAAUUAUUCAAAGUACAGUGGCAAAUGCCACACGUCCUGCUGAACGAGAUAAAUAAACUGGCGAUGCUGUGCGCUUUGGAAAGCGGACGAUACCUGAGCAUGGUUUUUCGUUCAUGGGAUCUAUACGAGUUUCCGCUAUUGCAGCGCACGACCAAACAUUCGUGGGCCAUCAAGACCGCUACUCAGCUCGAGAAGCCGCGGUACGUCAUCUUUGCUCUGCAGGCUGGUCGGAACAACGUUAUGCUCGAGGAUACGAGUCGAUUCGAUCAUUGUAAACUGACGAACGUGAAAUUAUAUCUAAACAACUCGGAAUGUUAUCCGUGCGACGAUAUGAAUCUGGAUUUCGGUAAAAACAGAUGGUCGAUUCUAUACGACACAUACGUACGUUUCUGUAAAACCUAUUACGGAUACGAUUAUCUCGAGCCGAAUCAAACUGUCGCAAAUUUUUGGCAAAAAGGUCCGUUCGUAAUUAUCGAUUGUUCUCGACAAAAGAAAUCGAUACCGCAAGAGCGCAACCGUGGACGUGCGCUUAGAAUUUGA